UCAAAUGUAAAGCACUACGAAAAUAUUUACCUUCGUCAUCUGGAGAGAGAGCAGGCAGCCUCUGAUGGUGACGGAAGGAGAGAGAACCGUCACUGGCCUCAAUAACAAGGCUUUUCUCCACCCUCCCGGUCCUAACCCCGCAAAUAAGAGGCUUGAGGUCGGGGACACCCCAGAGAACACAGGGCCUGUGGGUAGAGGCGAGGGCCGCUGCUCACCUGAACACACUGCUGGUAGCGCUUGAAAAGGCACGUCGCUCCGCUUUACGUAAGAGCGUAGUACGGAGGCCGAGAAGAGGAGAAAUGUGGGCGCGGGCUGUGUUGCUGCUCCUCCGAACCCCGGUGGGCGGGCGCCGGGGCUUCACUUCCAAGGCAGACCCUCAGGGAAGUGGGCGAGUCACCGCCGAUGUGAUCGAGCACCUGGAACGUCUGGCGCUUGUGGACUUCGGCAGCCAAGAGGCCGUGGCACGUCUGGAGAAAGCCGUCGCCUUUGCCGAUCGGCUCCGCGCUGUGGACACAGACGGGGUGGAGCCCAUGGAGUCAGUCCUGGAGGACAGAUGUCUGUACUUGAGAUCCGACAAUGUGGUAGAAGGCAACUGUGCUGAAGAACUACUACAAAUCUCCCAUCGGGUUGUGGAGGAGUAUUUCGUGGCCCCGCCAGGUAAUAUCUCUUUGCCAAAACUGGAUGAACAAGAGCCCUUCUCACCGAACUGAGUAGCUAUUCUGGGAAGGAGUACCCUGUGAACACAUGGAAGCAUGAUAGUAUUUUAUUAUGAACACUAAAGUUCCCACUUCCCUCAGUAACCUGAAAAAAACUGGAUGGAUUUUUUUUUUUGGUAUGUGCUCCUAGUGCCCGGGACUCUGGUCUGAAGGCCAAUGCUCCAACUGCUGAGCCAAACCGGCCAGGGCAGGUUUUUUUUUUUUUUAGUAACUAACUUUUUUGAAGACAGAAUAGGGAAAGAUCUAGCAAAAACAGGGCAAUGUGUUCCUGAUGCUAAUGGAAGUACAGGUAUUGUCAGCUUCCAAGGAAAUGUUCAGUUUGGAAGACAUUAUCCCCUUUAUCUCCUCCCCCAAAGACUGUCUACCCAACUGCACUUCAGUGAAUUUUUCUAUUUAUGUAACUAGACAUUGCAUCUGAUCACCGUGUAACAACCUGAGUUGUUCUUUUUAGUUGCUGUUCCCAUCGACCUGAACAACAUUUUAUCCUUACCAAACACAUUUGAAUUUGUUCCUGGGUACCUACCCUGUUCCGAACAGAGGGCUUACUUUAUGCUAAGGUCUGAAGGGUGCUCAAAGUAGACUAUAGCUUUGGAACUCCUGACCUAGAACCAGCCACCAUCUCACAAAGUGAGUAUAUACAAAAGGGAUAUUAGCCACACCUACAGUUUCUCUUUCUGAAAAGAACUUAUAAAAAUAUCCCUGAGCCCUGACCAGUUUGGCUCAGUGGUUAAAGCGUCAGCCUGUAGACAAAAG